UAUAUCCUGUAUUAUAUUAUUAAAUGAUAAAUUCUAUCCUUAAUCUAAUUUAUUUUAUUAUCUAUCUAGCUAUUUAUCUAGUUAGUUAUUAAAAAACGCUGCAUCAGAUAUAAUUGACACCAUUCACUCUAUCCUCGCUCAGGAUGCUGAGACUGCGGCUGAGGCUGAGCUGUAGGGAAGAGGGCACCGAUAGAUGUGUCGGUGGAGGUGAAUGAAUAGCCUGAGAAGGAAGAAUCUAUUUUAUUACUAUUAUUGUUUCCGUGUUACAAAAAAUGUAUUCAGAUAUAAAACUUUAUACAGCCCGUUCUGGAGAUGUCUGCGAUGUCUUGUCAUCAAAAAACUAACGAGUAGAAAUCCUGAGAAUCAGCUGAUGCUGCAGAAAUCUUAUAACUCGUUAGAGAGCAUUUUGUAACAUUCAGUAUAUCGAGAACUUUGAGCGAAUAAAGUUCUGCGGUAAAAUGAAUCUCCGCGAAAUAAUAAUUAAAGUACAGAGUGUUUUAAUACCGCGCUCUUCGUAUUUACGCCGUGUUUGUAAUAGAGCCUGGUGUACACAUUUACGGAGUGAUUCACGACAAACUUUAUUUAAAAAAUUUAAAUUUUUAAUAAAUCACACCACUUUACGUAAUAUUAUAAAAUGUUUUAAUCGCGGAUUGUUCUCUGGUGAUCGUGACAUCCUAUAUAUUAUUUAUAACGAAAUUGUGCGACGUGGCUUACACAAUACGGCUUACGUUAAAAAUAUUGUAUCCAGGUAUGAUGAACGACGUAACAUACAAGAGAUGCUAGCGAAUGACGAGGACGAUACAUUUCUAAUUGAGUGUAUCGAGCAAUUUGAAAACUGUAUUUCAACCACGAGCCCUAACAAUAACGAAUUAAUCGGUGAAAAUAGCAUCACUGAUAACACUGCUAACACUGCAGAUAUUACGGAUAAUACUGGUACGAUUAAUGAGGAAAACAAACACGAUAUAAAUAAUGAUCGUGACAACUCUAAUGAAUUUUUAAUGGAGGGUGGAGGGUGGUUGUGGCAGGAAUUUUUAAAACUUCCUCAACCAACGGCGUUAGAAACGAUACAGAGUGGUUACGUUAAUGAAAAACCAUUUGACGCUGUACAAGAUGUCAGCUUAAUUAAUAACGCCGUUUGCGCUGAUAAUAAUAAUGGUAUGAAGUUUCAAUUUUUAUUGCUGAGUAUAUAAAAUUAGUUAUAUCUAACAAGCUUCUAAUGAAUGAUAUUGGGUGGGUAUGGUCAGAGUUUCCGCGGUUUUCUCAGGAACUAUCGUUGGAAAUGGAACGAGACGUUGAUGCUAUACAGAGUAUCUCUAUGGUUAGACCCGUGACAAUAACAGACAAAUCGUUGGAAAUGGUGCAGAACGAUGAUGAUAUACAAGGCACCUCUUUAGUGGAGUCUACGACAAUAACAGACGAGGUCACCGAUACUAAUAACAGUAAGA